AUGACAAUGCAAGAACAAGACGGCAGAGUUGGGGAUAGAGCGACAACAACAGACAGCAACCUCCACUUUGCUGACGACGCCUCUCAAUCAAGCUUAGUUUCUGCCAUAACCUUGGAGGACGCCAUACUACCAUCCAAUCGUAAUCCGCUACAUUCUCUUCAAGAGCAGAGACGACUAUCAGAUCUAUCACCUGAAGAUGUUGAAAGAUUGAUGGAUUCCUUCGGACAGCAGUUGAAUGUGACUCGUUUCUCAGAUUGCUCGGAAGGAAGACUAUGCAAACCCUGUUCAAUGCCACAGCGAAAAACUUCCAUGGGUCACUGGAAGAGUAACCAAGAUUGCGAUGAGGUUCUCCUGUCUUGCCAACCCUGUGCAAUGCCACAGCGGAAACCGUCUUUGAAUCAUCGACAAAGCUGCUUGUACCAUCAAGAUGUUCAACCCUGUUUGAUACCCCUGCAGAAACCCUCAAUGGGCCAUGAUUGGGAAAGCACCUUGGAUCAUCCAGCGGCUCAUCAGCAACCUUGCUCAAUGCCGCAACGAAAACCUUCCAUGAACCAUCGAACAAACAGCUUGGAUUAUUCAGAGGAGUUACAUGAUUCCAACCGAAGCACCUUCUUGAAGACCGAAAUGCCGUUUGGAUCCAUCGACAGCUAUGAUGAUGCUGAAACCACUGGUAAGAAAACAGUUCCGAUCUUGGCUACGAAGACAGGUGAACCACGUCGGAAAUAUGGUGCAAGAAGAAAGGAAAAAGACAGGGCUGGACUUGGCUUUCGCCACAAGAUCGAGUCAGACACGUCGUUGGAGCUCGUUGACGUGUUUGUUGGUCGUAGAGGUCCUCGGUCGUCUAGAGCCAAUCGACAAAACUAUGCAUGGGAUCUCCGAGCCGCUCAUCAGAUAGAGUGA